AUGCAACGAUUCUGGAUCAUCGGAGAGGCAGAUUCAGCUCCUUGUAUGUCGGUGGAAGAAGCAGCCUGCGAAAAGCACUUUUCGCAGAACGUUCAACGCACCCCAGAAGGUCGAUACAUCGUUCGAUUGCCGUUCAAGGAACCUGUUUCCAGCGUAGGCGACAAUCGCAGCAUCGCACAACGUCGAUUCCGGAUGGUUGAGUCUCGCUUGCAACGGGACACUAAUCUACAGGCUCAGUAUCACGACUUCAUGGCCGAAUACGUCACCUUAGGGCACAUGCAGCGAGUAGACACUUCUACUCCACCUACCCAGCAGUAUUACCUUCCUCAUCAUGCGGUGAUUCGUGAAGAUAGCUCGACUACCAAGGUGCGAGUCGUCUUCGAUGCUUCGUGCAAGUCAGGAUCUGGCAAAUCGCUCAACGACGUGCUCAUGGUUGGGGCAGUCAUCCAAGACGACCUUCGUUCAAUCAUCCUGAGAACCAGAAUCAAUCCCGUUUUGCUCAUCGCUGACAUCCAAAAAAUGUACCGUCAAAUCCUGGUCGACGAACGAGACACUCCUCUCCAGCGGAUUCUUUGGCGAAGUUCACCGGACGAGCCUGUCAGCACGUUUGAGCUGAAAACAGUCACCUACGGCACAGCUAGUGCACCAUUCCUGGCCACCAGAACCCUACAACAAUUGGCAGACGACGAAAAAGCGGAUUUUCCUAUGGGCGCGGCGAUUCUGAAGAGAGAUGUGUACGUAGACGACCUGGUUACCAGCGGAAGGACUCCUGAAGAACUGGCGUAG